GUUACACACAGAGGGGAUUGGUGAUAUAAUUGUUUAUGAGCCAGUGGACCACAUUUUUAGCUUCUAGUGAGGUUACCCAGCGAUAAGAAAUUAAUGUUAGAAAACAUCAGUGUACGAUGCUGGCUAAGAAAUCUCAUCUCAAGAAUACCAUUCUGCCUUGCCAAGAUCAGUAUUUUGUAAGAGGCCAGAACUAUAAUUGCCCGUAUUCUACUACAACUUCAGAAUCUAGUGUUGAUGUUUCCACGGAGACUUGGGUCUCUUUCUGGGCUGCUGGUCUCCAGGACAACAGGGAUCCCCAACAAGCACCACAGGCACAGGAAGCAUCCAAUGACUUGAAUCUCCUUGUUCCAAAUUCAUGUCCGUGGGAAGAUGCUCAGCUUUCCUCUCAGCUCUACAGAAACAAGCAGCUUCAAGAUACUUUAGUGCAGAAAGAAGAAGAACUUGCUAGAUUAUAUGAAGAGAACCAUCAUCUCAGACAAUAUCUGAAUUCUGCUUUAGUUAAAUGUCUUGAAGAAAAAGCCAAGAAAUUGCUGUCAUCAGAUGAGUUCUCAAGAACAUGUGGAAAAUUAAGAAAGGGGAAGAGGAAAACCAAAGAACAAAGAUAUUUUCCUCCUGAGAUUCCCCAUCACAAAAAUGCUAAGAAAAAUAUCUCUAGUGAAUGUGCUAACAGUGAAGAACAAACUGGGGCCUCGGUGGACCCCUGGGUCCUUCAAACUCUUGGGUUAAAAGACUUCAACACUAUUGAUGACACCAUGUCAGCUAACUACAGUGCCUUUUCCUCUCAUCCCAGAAGAAUCAACGGGAUAGUUCCCCAAUUUCCAGAUGAUGCAGUUGCUAUUGAACAUUUCCCCAGAGAGAAACUGCCAGGUGACUCUGAAAGCAAUGAAGCCACCCCUUUACACAGCACUGCCUGCCACACAGAAGAUUUUUACUUCCUUUCUCAGCUUCCAGCUUCCACAGAAAGGUUGCAAACUCCGACCUACUAUACUUCUCAUGUAUCACCUAAUAAGACAGAGAUGGCUUUUUCCACUUCCCUGAGUCCUCACUGUAAUGUUAAAACUCAUUCCUUUCACCAGGGUCAAGCUUUUGUCCGUAGAGAUGAGGAAGGAGGCUGGAAGUUUACUUGGGUCCCUAAGCAGACUUAAACUUAGUGACCCUUCUUAUAUCACGAAGGACUACCAUAAACUCUGUUUACAAAGAUCUCACUUGCACUUGAACCUACGUGGAAUAUGAAAGCUGUUCUCCAGG